GUGUGUGUGUGUGUGUGUGUGUGUGUGUGCUGAGAGAAGGUGAAAGAAAAAGGUCGUCCUUCACCGCUAUUUCUGUAUCAUAAAUAUUUUUGCUAAGCCAGUUUAGUAUUAAUCAGCCGUUUCCGCCAUUACUCAUGAACAACUGGGGAGAUACAAAUGGAUGCGUUUUCGGAGAUCUCAUGCGGAUCACCACGACUGGAGCAUCUCCACAAACAGCCUCCCAGGACAGAUACACCAUAAGUGGUGUGGAAGCCUCGCAUAAAAUGGCUGAGGUUGAUCUGGAGAGGAUGAACCAGUACAAGACCAUUAUCAUGAAAGUUGCCAGCGCUAAAAGGAUGGACCCAGCUGUGAUUGCGGGCAUCAUAUCCAGAGAGACGAGGGCUGGAUCGUGUGGAUCGGGGCUUGUUGAUGGCUGGGGAGAUCAAGGCAAUGCCUUUGGGCUUAUGCAGGUUGACAAACGUUACCACUGUCCAGUAGGGACCUGGAACAGUGAGGAGCACAUCAUCCAAGCUACUGAUAUUUUAAUCACUUUUAUAAAUGCUAUUCAACAAAAAUUCCCAAAUUGGUCCAGGGAGGAUCAAUUUAAAGGAGGAAUCGCAGCCUACAACGCUGGCCCAGGAAACGUUUGCUCUCAUGAGGGCAUGGACAUGAAGACCACAGGGAAGGACUAUGCGAAUGAUGUAGUGGCUAGAGCACAGUGGUUCAAACGCAAUGGCUACUGAGCAGUUUAUCUCAUGAUGCACUGUGUAACUCAUAUAGUACUUACUGUAGAAUGAUAGAAUGAUCAUGUGGAUGCAUUUCUUCCUAAGGAUCAAACACAGUAAUAAAAAUAAUAGUAUUAUAAAAUAUAUUUGGCAGUAACAAUAUACAGCAUGUUCAUUAAAUAAACUGUGUAUUUAUAGUAGUAACAACAGUCAGUGUACCAGUAGAAUGUGUCCACGUUUCACUUUAAAUAAAGGCAUCACUGCAAAUCAAUAAAAA